GACUAGAUUAGAUUCUAGACUAGAUAUUGUUCUAGAAAAUAUUCUAGAUCGAGAUUGUUGUUUAGGCUAUCAAUCUAGAAUCUAUAUACUCUAAAUCUAAACGACUAGUCUAGGUCUAGACUUUUUCUGCUGAGUAGUAGAUAGGAAACUCAAUUAGAAUUCUGACAUCAGACAACCAACAUUGGAUUAUUAGAUGAAUUGAAAAUUUUUUUAAAAAAUGUACAAAAGAGGUGGAAAAACUGGUCAGCCUCCAGCGAAGAAGUCUAAAAAUUUCAACGAUGAUUUCCCCUCUACCUUUGAAGAUGACCUUGCUCUCAUGGAUUCUUUGGAGGCAGACAGAAACGACAGUGAACCCAUGGAGGUCACCGAGGAUGGCCCAGAGUAUCAAGCUACUUCAGCUAAAUGGGCUCGCCCUCCACUGCCUGAUAUAGAUAGCUCUAAGGAUAAGAUUGUUUUUCAACAAAUUGAUUUAGACUACUAUGUUGGCAACCAUGUACAAGGCAUGCCUGGAGCAACUGUAGGGCCUACACCUAUCAUCAGGAUGUAUGGGAUCACGAUGGAAGGUAACAGUGUGAUGGCCCACAUCCAUGGCUUUGCUCCAUACUUUUAUAUUCCUGCCCAGCCUGGGUUUCGCAAAGAAGACUGUGAAAAAUUUCUGGAACAUUUAAACACAAUAGUGAGAAAAGAUUUGAGGUCAAAUAAAGAAGGCAUUGUGCAAGCAGUCCUAGCAGUCGAGUGUGUAGAAAGAGAAAGUAUCUAUGGAUACCAUGGCAAUAAGAAAAGCCUCUUUCUCAAGAUUACUGUGGCUAUUCCUAGACUGAUUGCACCAUGUAAGAGGCUGCUGGAACAAGGUAUUCAAAUACCUGGAUACUCUCAUCAUGGAUUUCAAACAUAUGAAAGCAAUAUUGAUUUUGAAAUUAGGUUCAUGGUGGACGCCAGUGUGGUAGGCUGCAACUGGAUUGAAUUGCCCGCUGACAAAUACUCUAUCAGAGAUAAACACAAGGCUGUGCAACACACAUCUGACUUGGUGAUAGCCUCACGUUGCCAGCUAGAAGUGGACAUUGCUUGGACAGAUCUCAUUUCUCACCAGACUGAGGGAGAGUGGUCCAAGGUGGCACCAUUUAGAAUUUUAAGCUUUGAUAUUGAAUGUGCUGGAAGAAAAGGUAUAUUUCCUGAACCUAACAAAGAUCCUGUCAUUCAGAUUGCCAACAUGGUGGUGCUACAGGGUGAAUCUGAGCCUUUUAUUCGUAAUGUUUUCACACUGAAGUCCUGUGCACCUGUUGUGGGCUCACAGGUGUUAUCAUAUGAAACAGAAACUGAAUUACUACAGAAAUGGGCUUCCUUCUUCAGAGAGGUGGACCCAGACAUUAUUACUGGUUACAACAUUCAGAACUUUGAUUUUCCUUAUCUUAUCAACAGAGCAAAUCAUUUGAAGGUGAAAGAUUUCUCUUUCUUGGGCCGUAUUAAAAAUAUUUUGUCUGUGAUCAAAGACUUGUCAAUCCAGAGCAAGCAGAUGGGAAGGAGAGAGAACAAAAUGAUUAACAUGGAAGGACGUGUGCAAUUUGACUUGCUCCAGAUAUUACUCAGAGAUUACAAGUUGAGAUCCUACACUCUAAAUGCUGUGAGUUUUCAUUUCUUACAAGAGCAAAAAGAAGAUGUACAACAUUCCAUUAUCACAGAUCUGCAGAAUGGCAGUGACCAGACACGUCGUAGGUUAGCUGUCUAUUGCCUUAAGGAUGCCAUUUUACCUUUGCGUCUGCUAGACAAACUAAUGUGCGUCAUCAACUAUAUGGAAAUGGCUCGCGUCACUGGUGUCCCAUUACCAUUCUUGCUGUCUCGCGGUCAGCAGGUCAAGGUGAUGUCACAGAUAUUAAGAAAGGCUAAAGAACAACAUUUGGUCCUGCCUGCGCAGAAAGUCGAAACUGGUGAUGAGUAUGAAGGGGCCACUGUCAUUGAACCAAUUAAAGGCUACUAUGACGUGCCUAUUGCAACAUUAGAUUUUGCCUCUCUGUAUCCAUCAAUAAUGAUGGCUCACAAUUUGUGUUAUACCUCACUACUAAAUGAAUCGACCAUCAAAAAUUUAAAUCUAGCUUCUGAUGAAUAUAUCAAAACACCAUCGGGCAACUUAUUUUGUAAGGCUUCUCUCAGGAAAGGUGUACUGCCAGAGAUCUUAGAACAUUUGCUAGCAGCAAGACAGAAAGCUAAAAACGAUCUAAAAAAUGAGACUGACCCUUUCAAAAAAAAAGUUCUGGAUGGUCGUCAGCUUGCCUUAAAGAUCAGUGCCAACUCUGUUUAUGGUUUCACUGGUGCUCAAGUUGGGAAACUUCCUUGCUUAGAGAUCUCCUCGAGUGUGACAGCUUUUGGUCGCACCAUGAUAGAAAAUACCAAGAAUCAUGUUGAAGAGACUUACACAAGAGCCAAUGGCUAUGAACAUGAUGCCAAGGUCAUCUAUGGAGACACAGAUUCAGUGAUGUGUAAAUUUGGUGUCACUACUGUGGAAGCAGCCAUGAAACUUGGCAAAGAGGCAGCAGAAUUCAUCUCUACAAAAUUUGUUAGUCCUAUAAAACUGGAGUUUGAAAAGGUGUACUUUCCUUAUUUACUGAUCAAUAAGAAACGUUAUGCUGGACUAUUCUGGACCAACCCAAAGAAACAUGACAAGAUGGACUGUAAAGGUAUAGAGACUGUCAGGAGAGACAAUGCUCCCAUUGUGGCUCACCUCAUCAACACAUGUCUCAAGCUUCUGCUCAUAGAGAGAAACCCUCAAGGUGCAAUAGAGUACACUCAACAAGUAAUCUCUGAUCUACUAUGUAACCGUAUAGACAUCUCUCAAUUAGUCAUUACAAAAGAGCUUACCAAAACUGAUGAGGAAUAUGCUGGCAAGCAGGCUCAUGUGGAGCUGGCUUCCAGAAUGCAGAAACGAGACCCUGGCAGUGCCCCUAAACUUGGUGACCGUGUUCCUUAUGUUAUCAUUGCAGCACCUAAAGGGACAGCAGCUUAUCUGAAAUCUGAAGACCCUAUCUAUGUGUUAGAAAACAAUAUUCCGAUUGACACUCAGUAUUAUCUGGAGAACCAGCUUUCUAAACCUUUACUCAGGAUUUUUGAACCAAUUCUGGGAGAGAAUAAAGCAGCUUCAGUUUUACUAAAGGGAGAGCACACAAGAACAAAAACUGUAGUGAUGUCUAAAGUUGGUGGGUUAUCUGCCUUCACAAAGAAGAAAAGCACUUGUAUUGGAUGCAAGGUUCCUCUGAAUGAUACAGGAGCUGUCUGCAGCCACUGCAAGCCUAAAGAGUCUGAACUCUACCAGAAAGAGAUUUGUCAGGUGCAGGUACUGGAGGAGAGAUUUUCACGUCUGUGGACCCAGUGUCAAAGAUGCCAGGGAAGCUUACAUGAAGAUGUUUUGUGUACCAACCGAGACUGUCCCAUUUUCUAUAUGCGGAAAAAGAUUCAGAAAGAUCUGCAAGAACAGGAUGCACUUCUAGCCAGAUUUCAAGUUUCUUGGUGAAUGUGAUGUGUAGCUUUGUAAAUCUAACAUGACACAGCAUCCAUCUCUAACAGCACAAUCUUUUACCUGUGUACAACUUUUAAAGGAUGUUAGACAUUGAGGAUAAUACAUAUACAUGUAGAUACAUCAUUUGGAUAAAUCUAUCCUGUACAGAUAUCUUGUUGACUGGACUUGUACAUGUCAUAAUGUAACUCAGCCAUAAAAUCUAUGUUUCAGAAUAAAUAUGAUAAUUGCUUCAAAUUCU